AUGGGAAGCGUGAGAGCGCACCGCUACAGCAUAGUUUCAUCAGAAGAAGGCGGUAUGAAGUUGUCCCCCAUCGCCAUGCAAAAUGGCUUCGGCAAUGGAAAUGCAGGCGGGAAAGUGCCCACGCAGAAUCAAACGCAAAGCCGCUUUGUAAACAAAGACGGCCGCUGCAACGUACAGUUCAUCAACAUGAGCGAGAAAGGUCAGCGGUACCUGGCUGACAUCUUCACGACGUGUGUUGACAUUCGCUGGCGUUGGAUGAUGGUCAUCUUCUGCCUCUCUUUCUUGCUCUCCUGGCUUCUUUUCGGAGUCAUAUUUUGGCUAGUCGCGCUUUGGUCAGGCGAUUCGGAAAAUCAAGAGCAGAUAUGUAUUUCAAACGUAGACAGUUUUACGGCCGCAUUCCUGUUUUCUGUGGAGACGCAAACGACUAUUGGUUACGGUUAUCGCUACGUGACAGAGGAGUGUCCCUUUGCUGUCUUUGUGGUGGUCUUCCAAAGCAUUUUUGGAUGCAUCAUUGAUGCUUUCAUCAUUGGUGCGGUCAUGGCCAAGAUGGCCAAGCCCAAAAAAAGAAAUGAAACCCUCGUGUUCAGUUAUUACGCCACGAUAGCCAUGAGAGACGGCAAGCUGUGCCUGAUGUGGAGAGUCGGGAACCUACGAAAGAGUCACCUGGUGGAGGCUCAUGUUCGAGCCCAGCUUCUCAAAUCUCGUACCACUGCUGAGGGAGAGUUUAUCCCACUGGAUCAAAUAGACAUUGAUGUUGGGUUUGACACUGGUAUUGACCGGAUAUUUUUAGUGUCGCCUAUUACCAUUGUCCAUGAGAUCGACGAGGACAGUCCAUUUUAUGACAUGAGCAAACAGGAACUGGAAAAUUCUGAGCUGGAAAUAGUUGUGAUUUUGGAAGGGAUGGUGGAGGCAACCGCCAUGACCACUCAAUGUCGCAGCUCAUACGUGACGAGCGAAAUUCUGUGGGGCCAUCGGUUCGAGACGGUCCUUUUUGAAGAGAAAAACCUUUACAAGGUGGACUACUCGAGGUUUGAGAACACCUACGAGGUUCCCAGCACUCCACAGUGCAGUGCCAGAGACUUGGCCGAAAAGAAGCUCAUGAGGUCCAGUUCAAACUCUUUCUGUUAUGAGAAUGAAGUAGCCUUCAUGGAUAAAGAGGAUACGGAGGAUGAUGACGAUGAAGACGAGAAACAGAGUGGGAUUGCAAGGGACAGUGUGGCCAUGAAGGGAUCCAAUGUUGAUGUGGCCACAGUUUCUAGUCAGGAUACAUUACCUCUACAGCUCAUACCUUUUAUACAGCAACCUGAAAUGUGA